AUGAAAUUAAGAGUCUAUAUGUUGCCUGUUUCGGUUUAUAUUAUUUGCCAAACUGAUCUUAUAAAGUAUAUGCUAUCAAGGCCAUUAAUCACAGGCCGGAUUGGCAAGUGGGCUUUGGCGCUAAUGGAAUUCAACUUUGCAUAUGUUCCACAAAAGACAAUUAAGGGACGAGCAUUAGCAGAUUUUCUUGCCAAUCAUCCCUCGCCCGAAAUUGAGUCACAAGUAUAUGAUGAGCUUGACUCGGCAUCCAUAUUCAUGACUCCAUGGACUUUAAUGUUCGAUGGGUCAAGUACCAGUGAAGGCUCGGGUGCUGGUAUAGUUAUAUUAUCCCUAACAGGGAAUCAAAUUUCGUUUUCCUUCUUUUUGGAUUUCAGGUGUUCAAAUAAUCAAGCCGAGUAUGAAGCAUUGAUUAUCGACUUGGAAAUUCUGUUGAAAAUGGCAGUCAAAGAUGUCCACAUUGUGGGAGAUUCGAGUUUAGUGAUUAAUCAAAUCUCAGAAGACUUUAGAUGUUUGAAUUGGCAAUUAAGACCAUUUCAUUCAUUGGCAACCCAAUUGGUUAACCAAUUUCACAAUGUGACUUUGGAAUAUAGACCAAGGGCCAUGAAUAAAAUAGCUAGUGAUUUAGCACAAACAGCUUCAGGAGUUAAGGUGCCGAGUGGAAUGAAGGAAAGAGUAACGAAGAUUACACGCCGAUUUCUUCCAUCAGCUGAAACAAGAAAUCAAAUUAUGGAAGAAGUCUUUGCCACUGAUGUUGCCGAAUUGGAUGAUGAUGAUUGGCGAAUUCCUUACAUCUUGUUCUUGCAACGUCCAACUUCUGAAGUCGAUCGAAGAAUUAGAAGAAGUGCAGUCGAUUGUGUGCUUAUGGAUGGAGAUCUUUAUAGAAGAUCGGCUGAUGAUGGUUUAUUAUUUUAG